CAAAGAGCUAACAUUCGACGUAUUCGUUUGCAGAGCGUAUUUUGAGUAAUCAUUGUACGGUAUCGUUUUCAAAUUUCUAUAGUACCUACUGUUAGUUGAUUUGCUGUCCCCUGUUUCUCAAUCGUUUAGAAAUGAUCGCGUUACUUGAUUAGAUUCAAAAUUUAGAAAAUCGGUGUAAACGAAGUGUAAACUGUAAAGCAAACACCGGUUGUACCCGUGAAAAUUACGCUCGUUUUUUGUUAAAAAAUAGAAGUACUCUUGAUUUAAUCUUCAUUAUCCAUCAUGGAAAAGAAAUCUAAGAAUCAAAGUACAGAACAUAAGGAACGACAGAAGAAAGAAAGCAUAGUUGACCUAUCGAGAUACCAUGAGAAAGUAAUCAGAGUCAAAUUUGCAGGUGGCAGGGAAGUCUCCGGAAUAUUGAAAGGAUAUGACCCAUUAGUCAACUUAGUGCUGGAUAAUACGACGGAGUAUUUGAGAGAUCCAGAAGAUCUUUUCAAAUUGGGUAAUAAUAAUAAUAGGCAAUUGGGAUUGGUUGUUUGUCGUGGAACUGCAGUGAGUCUAGUAUGUCCUAUGGACGGCACGGAACAGAUAGCAAACCCAUUUGUUGCCCAAUAACCUUCUGUGAAGCGGAUUAGACAAGAACGUUAUAGUUUUGUAAAAUAACUGGUUGUAUCAGUUUAAUUUUGGUUUUUAUAUCUUGUAAUCGCGAAUCCGCUUCAAUUAGUUCUGUAUUCUACGAAGUGCUUAAAGUAAUUGUUCAGAUAACUCGAUCAUUAAUAAACAUAUGUAACGUGUUA